GGUACCUAGGUAGUACUGCCCCGUUCUGAUACCUACAAUGUACAUCAUACCCAGGUAUAUACAUCGAAUGCUAUCCAUAAUUGUACAGUAUGUCAACAGUGGGAGAGAAAGCAGAUCGACCCGCCGAAAUAACAACCAAGCGUUGUCUCCACGUGAAGUGCGAUCAGCCUGUGGUGGAGGCUUUUGAGGGCCAGCCUCACCACUAUUAGACAAGAGUAGUACUCCAAAAGGUGCCCGUCCCCUGCUGAGUGCGGCGCAGGCACUGUGCCCUCUGAACCAGCCACCUUUAUCGUCCCCGGUCCGUGCUAUCGAUAGCGCAGUCAGGACACCGCAGGUGUCAGUGUUCGGGAUCCUCUGAUUCUGCGACGACCUUGCAUUCCCGAAUUGUUCUUCUAUCGACUGAUAAUAUCUCAAUAACUCUGCCUACGUCAACCGCACCCUAGUCUAUCUAACUCUUUAUCGCGCACAACGAUGGCGAUGGCGGCAUGAAAGGGACGUUCACAAGGGGCUCAUCAGUCGUCUCCCUCCCUUAGGCGGGCUGUUCCGACCUGGGGCACCGGAAGCCGAUCUAUCUCCAGACUGUUCAGAAGAACCACCCUGCUACUUGGUUCAGCGCACGGCGCCAGCACCGCGGGACUGGCUGGGGACACCUACACCGCAUACCGGCAGUAAUAAACAAAGAAAAAGCAGGAUGGCUAAAUCAGGAGCCGCCAGCUUUACAAAGACCAUCCUUCUCCCCCUGUUCAUUUCAGCCGGCCUCUACUUAAUCCUCUUCCACGCCCUCAUCCCUCUCUACCGACGCCAUCGCGCCCGCUACUCACAGUAUCUACCACUCCAAUCGCCCAACGGCACUACCCUGUUCCCCGAAUCACUUCGCCCAUCAUCCCUCCGCGACAGCAUUUCGAAUAUCCUGUACCGCCUCUUCCUCCCGUCGACGUGGGCAUUCCGCAACCGCGGCAGCACUGGCAGAGGUGGCGCAACAACCGGCCGUGUAGUCAACAACGCCGACGCCGAGCUCUUUGACGUCGAAUCCGGCGAGGCCAUGGUCGGCUUCGACUCGGAUGUGCAGGACCGCAGUCGACGACGGGACGGCAUGGAGCGUCAACUGGCCGACAUGGACGCCGCCACAAGAACGGUGAGUCGGUCGUCACAGCCACCUGCAUAUUCACAUACACUUCCGCCCACCUCUGCAGACUCGGAUCGCCGCCUGAGUCGAGACUUGGAGGAAGGAUUCCGCGACGACAGUAGCGAAGAAGACGAAGACGAGCAGCAGGACAGGAACGGGAACAGGCACUAGAUUAUUUCGGACAGCCCAUGAAUGGAAUGAGGUCGGGGACUUGGACCGGCGCAACAUCGGCAAAUACUGUCUAUGUAUGGCUCCAGUCCUGGUGCUCAAGUCUUGGUAUGGCAGGAGGAUUGUUCAUGCUGUCACUGCACGACCCUUCGAGACUACUCCUAGUAGUAUUCAGACUGUUCAACGCCCGGCGUCGGCAGGCCACCCAGGCCGCAAUGAAAAUGAAAAUGACCUACUUCGGUGUGCUUCGGAUGGCAGUCCUACUGUUUGACUUGAGUGCCGUCCUUAUGAGUUUCUGCACUGUGAGACUGAUCAUCCUUCCUAUCUCGAAGUCCAGUCCACAUCGAUAUACACUAGUUUAUCCCGGAAGGGUGUGUGGCAGGCUUUGAUGGCCAUAUGAUCGUGUAGCUUGCACUACGCUCGUGAAUCAGAGUGAUCGCAAAUGGGUAACACAGUCAGUUUUACUCGUAGAACUUUCCAAGUCCUUACAUACAGCGCCCUUGCCAACCUACUACUCGG